AUGAGAAGAAUCAGAUCGAACCAUCCGAUUCGUCAUCCGAACCACAAAACCAACAGAGCCACGUUCUACCAUCUCCCUCUGCAGUCUGGCCAGCUCUCGACCUGCUCCAGAACGAUAACCGACAAUCGAUCGAAGCCCAAAACACCCGAAAACCACCCACUGAAAUUCUUCACUGAGUUCCGCUCUCAGCAUCAAAUUCACCCCGCCCGUCCUGACCAUCCUCCACCAUCCUGUCAUAAUCAGCAUCACCAUUCUUACUCUCUCAAUCAUCCCUUGCGUCAUUACUUUCAUGUUAAUCACCAUCACUCUAAUCAACGCCUUCACACACCUGUCAACGGGGGACCAUCUUCCAUCGACCUAUUCAUCAAUUCCAACAAUUCUGGUCACCCCAACCGAAGUUGGUGGCAGUGCUCCCUAGACCAUCGCGAUGUUACCAGGGGAGAUUUGAAGGGCACGGUCCACCAGAAGCUCAAAUUAAAAUGCAAUAGAAAUGAAUCAUUCCAGAAUUACGUCUCUGAAUUAGUCAAGAUUCAAUCAUUUCCCAAAAAUUCAACCUUGACUCCUGUUAUCCAGAGCGUAACAUCUCUACUCAAAGACUCCAAAUUUCAAAAUUACUUCGAUCAAAUUUGGUCGGACUUGAAUUCGAACGAAGAAAAUGACAAGGAGGAGAAAUUCAGAAUCAUCGAACUGCAGAGAAAGUCUAUUGAGAUCUUCCUACAAACGAUGAUCAAUUCACUGAGUUCAGAUGUAAACCUGCCUCAAGCUGAAAAAUCACAGAUCUUCAACGCCGUCAUAUACUUUUUGGUCACCAACAAAAAUUCAGAUCGAGUGGUCUCAACUCUGGGCUUGGAUCCGGUCAGAGGCUGGCGUAACUUGAUCAAAGAACAUCUUCGAAUCCAAACCUUGAAAACUCUGGUCACAUUUAUCAAUCUCUUCAAUCCCAACCUAUCGACAUGGUGGUCCUCAGAAAUCUCUCAAGCUCAGAGUGAGUCGGCUCAACUGGGUAGGCUAGCCCAAGCCGGACUUUUCUUGAUCGUGGCCCUCUCGAAAGAAGGCUCGGUUUGGAAAGCGUUGGAGUUGUUUUGGAUGAUGGACAGAUUACCCCGGAUCCACGGAUUCUCUGGCGAGGUCUUACCAUACGAACGCCGCGCUGCCACUGCGCUUGGUCUUGUGGAUGCCUUACGAUCUCGCAAAAGAAUCGAUGCGGCGAAUGACAUUCUGGAAGUCCUCUUGGUCGGUGAAUGGCUCGGGCCGCUCUACCAGCGAUAUCUAUUGAGCAUGUUGAUGGUCAAGGCUACGCGUGGGGAACUUCCAGAAGUGGUGAAGAUCGGCCAGGCUUAUCAGCGUACAUGGGCGAGCACGAACGAAAUCGAGGAUGUGGCUGGGAGGAACAAACGGAGCCGCGCAUUUCAUCUCCAAGAUCCAAGGAUCCUCGUCGCCCGGGCGAAGAUUGAGGCGCUUGGGAUGCUCGGCGAGACACGCUCUGCAAUCGAUAUCUUUCAAGAAACCAUGCGCACUGUUCCUCCCAAACUUGGCGUUUCUUCCCAGCUCCCUGAUUUGUAUGCAGAGAUCAUGAAGGUAUACAUGAAGGCAGACAAUCCUCGAGCCAUCGAGCGACUUCUGGCACGAAUGAUUAGCACGCCCGACCAUUAUGGAUUGAAUCAACCUGACCAACGUCACUACAACACUCUCUUGCAGGCCUACGCCAAUCGGGUAGACAUUGAAGGUUGCUCAUCUGUUUUAGAUCGAUUGAUAUCUUCUGGAAUCCGCCCCGACAUCUACACAUUUGGAAAUAUCUGCUUAUUAUUUUCAAAUCUGGGCGAACCCGAGUUGAUUCGCGAAGUUAUCCAAGCGCUAGCGGAGCACAGAUCCCCCAGUCGAUCACUAAAACUCAACCGGGAACUGUGGAACAUUCUCCUUGACGCUUACAUUGAAUCAGGCGAUUGGACCCGAGCCGCCAAGCUACUCAAGUAUCUAGAGCUCAACGAUCACCACCGGAAUGAAUCCGAUGCAGUUACCAAUGGGUGUGUCCUCAAGGCAUUGGUACUCUCGGGCUCACCGACUGAAAAAGUGUUGGAGACCUUCAAGUCGAUGUAUAACAGCCAAACCGGUCUAGCCGCCGACACGAGAUCAUACACCCUCUUGCUUCUAUCGAUCUGCGAUAGUGGAAUGAUGGACCUAGCCGAGACGGUGUUUUACAGCCUUAAAGAGAAUAACCUGAACGGAGAUGGUCAGAUCGAUCGGCUACGCGGCUCAGUGAAGCCGAACGUGUACAUGUACGGUAUCAUGAUUUCAGCAUCACUAAGGCUUGGAAAGCAUGACUUGGCACAUGGGUACUUGCGCGAAAUGCAGUCGUCAGGUAUCCGGCCGAACCUGGUGAUCUACUCGAUGCUGACAACCGCAUACGCCGCGUCUGCAUCCUCGAGCACCCAAAUUCAAGGCCGAGCUGAAGGCGAAGAGGAUGAGGAAGAGAGGCAGGAGGAUGGGGUGCGUGUGGCCUACGAAAUGGCGGACCGGUUCAAACGCGAGCUUUUGGGUAAUGAGGUGGAUGGCGAAGUCAGCCGGAAGCCGCCUACCGAAAGAGCCACCUGGGGAGAGCGGCCGCUGAUGCGGAAGAAACUCUUACAUCGACUACUCGGCCCAAUCAUUCAAUCCUAUGCCAAGUCUGCCCGACCGGCCAAAGCACUUGAGAUGUUUCGCGAGUUGGUGUCCUCUCUUGGCGCCGAGUCCGGUAUCGUCUCUAGUGACGGUAAACCGAUCGAUUUGGAUAUCUUCACCAUGUUGAUGGAUGGCUACCGUCGAGCACAAGAUCCGGUGGGUGUGAUGGAAGUCUGGAGGGAGAUCUUCCGAUUGGCCACUGAGAAUAAUCAAUCGCAAGAUGCGAGCGAGCAAUUGAUUGGCAAAGUUAUCAGUCUGAUCAAGAAUGAUGGACUUCCAGCUGGCGGUACCGGCAACAAUAAUACCUCGGAGCCACCCAGGAGACCGACUGCCGAACAGCGCCACAGACGAAAAGCCAACAAACUAUGUCUACCCUUAUCUAUCUACACAGACUGCCUCUCGAGACACGGUUACCACGAGGAGAUUGCCAAAAGUUGGCAUGAAGUCCAGGCACGCGGGUUCGGCUUUGAUGCGGGAAACUGGAAUGAAUUAUGCGCAGCAAUGUUCAGAAGUGGGAAUCACAGGAUGGGAUGGUGGAUUGCGGAGCGGGUGUUUUUCGGGAAGGAAGCUGACCCAGGGGAGGCCCUCGAGACGGGGGCGAAAGUGGACGACUCAGAUGAGAUGAAUUGGGCAAGGUUGUUGGAGCGUACGACUGGCUUCCGCUUUGGACGGACCGUGCUGGGUUUGGAAGGCACUCGACUGAGUGGGGCACAGAAGACUGAAAGCCCGAUCCGACCGCCGAAUCGAACGUUCAUCAGAAAGACUCGCCGGUUCGAUGACGAAUCGGCGACUCGGAUGUCAGUCCAAGGCCUUCUGAACUGGCUCGAAAACCCAGACUCGACCCCCUCAGUUCACGACGGCUACACUGGCAGCCACUCGGGCUGGAGUCAGCAGCUAGACCACAUAAGCCAGGCGAGGAGGGAGCUGGGAUGGAGGCCGUCGGGGAAGGUCUUGCGAAUGCUGCACGGAUCCAUGUGGAGAGAAUGCUCGGAUUGGGUGAUCGGAAAGUGGGAAGAGGUCGAAGCCAAGGCCACGCGAGGCGAAGAUCGGAUGCGCUUGGAAGGCAGCCUGGUCGACGACAAGGACAUCAUGAAAGCACCCGUUCAGGAGAUCGUUGACGGCUACCAAUCCCGGUAUCCGAACACCAUGGUUGAGGUGAUGACGAUCAGCGACACCGAGAACAUUCCCUCAUCUGAAUCUCAAUCCAAUUCAUCAAAUCAAAAGAAUGAGAGCGGAGCACUACACCCAGCCAAUCAAAAAAUGUCACCAUUAUAUAUCACCCCAUCCAUUCCCACUUGUCCCUUUCUAGAGAAAAAGACCCACAUGUAUCAUAUCUCUCAAUUCCUUUCGUAUUUUUAA